AUGUUAGAACAAACUCCAACUUCAACAAGCGCAUCUACGACUACUGUAUACUUGAACAAACUUCGAGUGCAACAAGUGGAAGGUGCUUCUCUUCUUUUCUCUCACACCCACGACUCAACUACCAAUAUUCUUCCUCCUUCCCAAUCAGUUGCACAAGAAUCACUCCCACUUAUGAGCUUGCAACGGAGGCCUAGAUCAUCCUCCAACACCCACCAUCACAAUGGUCCUUCCAAUUCAACAAGGAGUACCCGUCGGGAGGAUUCUGAUUUAAAUUUACCUCAACUGCUGCAAGAGAUUCAGGACAAGCUCACCAAAGGCACUGUCGAAUGCAUGAUUUGCUAUGACACUGUCUGGAGGUCUGCGCCUAUCUGGUCAUGCUCCAGUUGCUACUCUAUCUUUCACCUCAGUUGUACUAACAAGUGGGUUCGUGCACCAACAUCAUCUGCAUCUGCUGACAACACUAAUCAUUGGCGAUGCCCCGGUUGUCAAGCUGUGCAGCAAACCUCAUCCAAUUCCAUUAGGUACUUGUGCUUCUGUGGGAAGAGGUUCGACCCUCCAUCCGAUUUCUAUCUCACCCCGCAUUCAUGCGGAGAACUGUGCGGGAAGCCUCUUCAGAAGACCGGGGAUCUUUGCCCUCAUGUUUGUGUCUUGCAAUGCCAUCCUGGUCCAUGUCCUCCUUGCAAAGCAUUUGCUCCUCCCCGUCUGUGCCCUUGUGGCAAGAUUACUAUUACAACUCGCUGUUCUGAACCCCAAUCUCUUCUUACAUGCGGCCAACAAUGUCAAAAGCUUCUUCAAUGUGGGCGCCAUCGCUGUGAACAAAUUUGUCAUAUUGGUCCAUGUGAUCCUUGCCGUGUUCCAAUGGAUGCCUCUUGCUUUUGCAGUAAAACGUCUGAGGCUAUUCUUUGUGGGGACAUGGCUGUGAAGGGUGAAAUCAAAGCAGAAGGUGGAGUUUUUUCUUGUGCUUCCACUUGUGGAAAGAAACUAAGCUGUGGCAAUCAUGUCUGUAUGGAGACCUGUCAUCCAGGCAGCUGUGCGGAGUGUGAGUUGUUGCCAGCCCGUGUUAAGAUGUGUUGCUGCGGGAAAACUAGAUUGAAAGAGGAACGUCAGUCUUGUUUAGACCCAAUUCCUACCUGUUCAAAACUAUGUGGCAAGUCCCUUGCCUGUGGGAUGCAUAGUUGUAACGAGACAUGUCAUGAUGGGGAUUGCUCUCCUUGUUUGGUUUUAGUCUCCCAGAAGUGUCGGUGUGGCUCAACUUCCAGAAUGGUGGAGUGCUAUAAGACAACAACGGAGGAUGAGAAGUUUACAUGUGAAAAGCCUUGUGACAAGAAAAAGAACUGUGGAAGGCAUCGGUGUAGUGAACGGUGUUGUCCAUUUUCUGAUCCAAAUAAUAUUGUAAAUGCAGAUUGGGAUCUACACCUCUGUUCCAUUUCAUGUGGAAAGAAAUUACGCUGUGGGCAGCAUGCGUGUGAUUCCCUGUGUCACAGUGGUCAUUGUCCACCUUGUCUUCAAACUAUAUUCACUGAUUUGGCAUGUGCUUGUGGCAAGACUUCAAUCCCUCCUCCAUUACCAUGUGGUACUCCACUGCCCUCAUGUCCGCUUCCAUGUUCAGUUCCUCAGCCUUGUGGCCACACAGCCUCCCAUAGCUGUCAUUAUGGAGAUUGCCCUCCUUGUUCGGUGCCUGUUGCAAGAGAAUGUACUGGCGGACACGUAGUUCUUAGGAACAUACCUUGUUCCUCAAAGGAUAUUCGAUGUAAUAAGCUCUGCGGGAAGACUAGACAGUGUGGUUUACAUGCUUGUGGGAGAACAUGUCACUCCGCGCCUUGUGAUAUUCAGCCUGCUGUGCAAGGUAAUCGAACUUCUUGUGGGCAGACAUGUGGUGCUCCAAGGAGAGACUGCCGGCAUACAUGUACUGCUCCUUGUCACCCUUCAUCUUCAUGUCCAGAUAGAAGAUGUGAAUUCACUGUCACAAUCAGUUGUACUUGUGGCCGAAUAACAACUAACGUCCCUUGUGAUGCUGGUGGUAGUGGUGCUGAUGUUAUACAUGAAACUUCCAUUGUUCAAAAGUUGCCUAUGCCACUUCAACCAUUGGAUGAAAAUGGCAAAAGAGUUUCCCUGGGACAACGGAAACUGAUGUGUAAUGAUGAGUGUGCUAAGUUGGAGCGUAAAAAGGUACUUGCAAAUGCUUUUGAGAUUACCGCUCCAAACUUAGAUUCUUUCCAUUUAGGGGAGAUUUCUGUUGCUCAGUCUGAAUUACUUGGUGAUCUAUUGAGGCGUGAUAGUAAAUGGGUUUUAUCCAUUGAGGAGAGAUGCAAGUAUUUAGUACUUGGCAAGAGCAGAGGAACUACACAUGGUCUAAAAGCCCAUGUUUUCUGUCCCAUGCUAAAAGAUAAGAGAGAUGCAGUGAGGAUGAUUGCUGAGAGAUGGAAGCUUGCAAUAAAUGCAGCUGGUCGAGAGCCAAAGCAAUUUAUAGUUGUUCACGUUGUCAAAAAAUCAAGAGCUCCAUCACGCGUGCUAGGGAUUAAGGGUACUACAACCACACAUCCUCCUCCUGCAUUUGAUCCUUUGGUAGACAUGGAUCCUCGAUUUGUCGUCUCUUUUCCUGAAUUACCAAGACAAGCAGAUAUCAGUGCGUUGGUGUUGAGAUUUGGUGGUGAGUGCGAACUUGUUUGGUUAGAUGACAAAAAUGCAUUGGCUGUUUUUAAUGAUCCUGCGCGAGCUGCAGCUGCAAUGCGAAGGUUAGAUCAUGGAAGUGUUUAUCAGGGAGCUAUUGUGGUUGUUCCAAAGGUAGGGGCAUCUGUAGUAUCUACCGUUACAAAUGCCUGGGGAGGAGCUGGGACAGUGAAAGGAGGGACCCUGGCAGCAUGGAAAGGGAAUCUCUUGACAAAGGCUAUUGUUAUAGAACCAAGUUGGAGGGAAGAUUCUUGGGAUGAUGAGGAGGGGGCUACUGGUUCUGCGAAUAUCCAGUCAUCUAUUUGGAAGAAAGAAGCACCCAUAUCUACUUCAGCAAAUCCUUGGAGUGUCUUAGAUAAAAAGUGGUCUUCAAGUUCAUCUGCUGCUGCUUCCGUUAAAGCUGACACUUGCAUGAAACAAACGGAGAAUAGUGCUAUGGCAAAGUUUGAAUCUGUUGAUGGUGGUUCAAAUCUAGAACACCAGCAUGGAAAAGCCUUAGACAGUUCAGAAGUUAAUGAUGUAGUAGAUGAUUGGGAGAAGGCUUGUGAAUGA